CCGGCACACCCCACGCCGCGCACUCCAUGGCCCAUGCAGACAGACCGCGAGCAUCCAUCGCGCUGGUCGAACGUACCAUCAGGUCACUGGUUCAAGGUCACGAUCGAAUCGUCUCCGAAAUAGUUGCAAAUCGAAGUGUUUUCGCGCUCGUUUUGAUUUUAUUUUUAAUUAUUACGGCGCGGCUGAAGGCCGCUCCCAUUCGGCGUGCACAUGCCGACUAACGCGUGCACUCGCGCGCGCGCCGCCACUUAGAUCAAAACAAGAUAUUUGUUGCAAUUUAUCUUGAUUGUUCCGUGCUGCAAUGGCUUCCAAGGUGCUCGUGCCGACUUCUCCCUUCGCCAAACUGCAGGUGAAAAAGUCACCACCAGAAGCAGCAUCCAGCGGUUUCUUCGUCGGCAGUGACGCGGGCGCGCGUGUGGCACACCUGGAACACAGCGUGCGCUUCCUGCAGGAGCAGCACCGGCAGAUGCUGAGCGGUCUCCACGCAGAGAUCGAGGCACUUCGCGAAAGGAAUCGAGAUCUUCAGUUUCAACUUAUAUUCAACAAAGAUUCUGCACCAAAAUCCAGCGCUACCGUCGGUGACGAACCCGCGGAGAUUAACGAGGAGGUACAGUCGCUGCGCGUGGACGUGUGCCGCCUGGAGCGAGAGGCGGCGGCGGCGCGCGGCGAGGCGCGGGCAGCGGAGGCUCGUGCGCUGCAGCUGCAGAAGCAGCUGGACGCACUCACUGAGAAGCUGAAAACACUAGAGUGCCGGUCGGGCGAGGGCGAGGGUGGGGCUGAGCCGGAAGGCGGCGCGGGCGCGGGCGGGGGCGGGGGCGGAGGCGAGAGCCGCGGCACGCUGCGCGCGCGCCUGGCUGACGCCGAGCGGCUGGUGCGGCGGCUGCGCGGCGACGCCGAGCGCCAGCGCAGAGAGGUACUCGCCGGCGCAGCGGCCGCGGCGGCCCCGGGCGGCGCGGUCACGAACCUCUUGUUCGACGGCGCCGCCGCCCGACACGCACACUUGCAAUGCAUGAAGAACUCGCUGCAGGCAAGCGUGCGCGCCGGCGCCCUUGAUAGCUUCGGUUUCCAGAACACCUACCACUUCCCCCCCAUGCAGGAUUUCUGGGUUGACACCUUAGCUGACGAGAUGCCGCGCGGUGGGCGGCGACGGCCCCUUGCACUGCCCGAACUGGUGCCGCAUAGAGCUACUAUAUUUGCCAAUACCCAUGCACGCGGUAGAAGUUACGGAUAUGAGAAAAGCAAAAAAACAUCAGUGACCAACGGCGAUACAGUUAAUGGGAAGCCGACUGAAGAACACCAUGAACAGACCAGAUUAAAAGAGUUAAGCAUAGACAAUUUAUCAAAAAAGAAAGAUAAAACAAAAGUGGACUCUAUGGUCACGUAUCCAGAAUUGAAAAUAGUGGUUACAAAAAUAAUACCACACGGAAAGGUGAACGUGACAGGUGCGGGGGGUGCGGGUCCUGCGGGGGAGGCACGACCCCGCCCGCGCCGCCACCACCGCAAGCACACCACAGACCACACGUAACCGAUCAUAAUCCUACCAAACUAAAUAUAUCUCAAGUAUCCAUCUAUGACACUGACCUCUAUAUUUCACGUACAAGGCGGUAAGCCGUGAUAUUAUGUGCCUAUUUGGUUAUCGCCAUUUUGGCGUUGACGGUAGCUGUUAACUGUGUUGGAAAGUCGAACUAAUAGGAGAAAUGAUUAGCCUACAGUAACUUCAAAUGGCGCUUUUAGGUCUGAAGGAAGCAAAGGCUGACUCUUUUGCUUCCUUCCAAGCGACCUGUCUAGCGGAUAUCUAGAGGUCGGUGAUCUAUUACUAUAGACCAAUGAAGAACACCACGUCUCUAAAUUAGUACUAUUUUAAUUUAGCGUGUUUUCAUAGGUGUAUUUACGUAGUCUGAAAUAGACAAUGUUAUGUGUGUGUAA